UAUCGUCCAUUGGUUGACCUCCAGACGACAAUCGAGGUCGCACGUUGGGGAUUGUGAGGUAGUGGGCAGUUUACGUGCGGAUUUUUCUUCAUACAGAAACGGGCCAGGAGGUAAAAAACAGAUGGAUGAGGUAGAACUGAGGAACAUCUCUGUUCAGGAGAACCAGCCGCUCAUGCUCAGCAAGGAGGCUUCAGACACCGUCUUCUGUGAGGAAGAUGUAGAGACGUCCCGCGGGACAAUGAAAGUGGCGGUUCAGGGGAACCGAGCCAAACCUGCCAUCCUGACCUACCAUGACAUCGGCUUGAACCACGUGACUUGCUUCCAGAACUUCUUCAACUAUGAGGAGAUGCAGGUGAUCCUGAAAAACUUCUGUGUGUAUCAUGUCAACGCACCUGGCCAGCACAUGGAUGCCACACCCAUGGAUGUGCACCUUGCUACAGGGGAGCGUCCAGUUGAGACCAUUCCACCAGAGGACCUCUACCACUACCCCACCAUGGACGAACUUGCCGUCAUGUUGGAAGCCGUACUGGAACACUUCAACCUGAAGCGGGUGAUUGGGUUUGGAGUUGGAGCUGGGGGGAAUGUCCUGUCUAGGUUUGCUCUGAAUAACCGUAACAAGAUCGACGGCCUGGUGCUGAUCAACACUGUGUGCACGGCAGUGGGCUGGACUGAAUGGGCUUACCAGAAGUGGAACAACUGGUAUCUGUUCAGUAACCAGAUGACAGAGGGAACUGUGGACUAUCUGCUGUGGCACUACUUUGGCUCAAAAACCAUGGCAGGACACCAUGACCUGGUCCAUGCCUACAGGGAGAACCUGGUCAGGUCUGUCAACCCUGUCAACCUCGCCAUGUUUGUGGACUCCUACAUCAAGCGAAACGACAUGGGUUUGCACAGGGAAGUUGAUCCUGCAAAGAAGAAGGUUCAAAAGACUAUCAAGUGCCCAGUUCUGCUGGUAGGAGGUGACUACUCCCCACACAUUGAUGAUGUGGUUGAGAUGAACAGCAGGCUGGACCCAGUGGAGACACAGUGGAUCAAGAUGGCUGACUGUGGAGGCAUGGUUCUGGAAGAACAGCCAGGGAAGAUGUGUGAGGCCUUCAAGCUGUUCCUGCAAGGCAUGGGCUACAUUCCGUGUGUCCCCAGCAUGUCUGCCCUGACCCGGAGCCGCAGCGGCAGCGUGCAUUCCCGCAGCAGCGACGUCAGCGUCCCACAGUCGCCCAGCGACACGCUCCUGGAGUCCCUCCAGAGGGAGGCUCAGGGCCGCGGGGACGAGCCCUCCCCGGUCAAACUAACCCACGCUAACCUGCGCCACGGGGCCGCGCCGCUCAAGGUCUGAGGAACGGUCGACCGAGGAGGAGCUUAGUCCUAGCUCUCAUUCUGCUGCUAUGUAUAGGAAUUCACUGACAAAAGUUGUUGUUGACAAACAACAACAUAUCCUGUAACACAGUACAGUACACAUACGCAAGCAGAAGGGGAGACUAACACAGUAGUGCGGAGUAGGAUUUAAAUGUUGUUGACAGUUUAGAACUCGUUGCCUCCUCGUAUGAAAAUGACGAUUCCUAGAAGAGUUGUAAAGUGAUGUCCUUGAUGUGAACACUAGAAUGAAUGGUAUACUAAUAAUACGUGCAUUCAUCAUAUAGCAAAAUGUACAAUGGUUCAUGUUGCAGAAGAAAUGCUGGUGAAGAUGAAGCUCAAUACACUGCUGCAAAAUUGUAAAAAAAUUAUAAUCUGUGGCUCUUUAGUCAAUGUUCCUAAUACAAUGUACGGCUUACUCCAUAUACAGUAUAUUACCAUGCCAUUAUUUCUAAAAAAAGCUGUUUGCCACAAAGCUUGUUCAUACAUUGAAAUUGUUUGUUAAACAGUUAAUAAGGAGCUUUUUAACAAGAGAAGCAAUUGUUUUAUAUCCCAUUUUGUAGAGUUGCCUGUAGUUUGUUCAUGAGAGCACUGUUGCAAUAAACAAAUGUCCAGGUGACAAGUAUAGAAUACCAGUUGAUAAUAUGUGUUACCGUUUUUUGCUUCUUGUUAUAUAAUGUUCACGAUGCUCAAUACUGUUCAUUGUUUGUAUAUUGAAUUGCAAUGUUUAACCAAUUCCAUACCUUGAGUUACAUGUACAUGGUUGUACAGCGGAGUGUGUGACGGACUAGUUGAUGCCUUAUGUAAUACAUUAAUCACUCAGGCUAGUAGUAAACAAUGUAGAGGUUUAAGAUAGCAUAGUCCUGUGUACUGUAUUGUAGCACAAGUUACAUGUAUAUGCAGCUGUAUUAUACUAAGUUUACACUAUUAGCUUUUCCUCAGUUAACAAGCAUGUAUUAGUGCAGCUGAUCUUUAAGUUCUCUCUGUGACUGUCCGUAAAUAACUGCAAACAUUUGCCCCAAAGUUACGAUUUCCAAACAAUGAGUUUGCUCUUUCAGUUAUGAAUUGCACUGGCAGUUUUGCAUUUUUGUUGUACAGAUGUAAAUAUUAAUGUAGUUGAUGUGUUAACCCAAAAUUCUGUAUGUUAGAGACAAUCUUUUUAAUUGGGUUCUAUUGUAUAUGUUACACCACAGUUCCACAAAUGCAGUAUAAAUGUUCAGUAUUAAAUGUUGGGUGUAACCA